CGACUGAUAAUACUUUGCAGGCAGCAUUGAAGGAAAAUUACAUGUUCAGGUUUUGUCUCAAAGAUAUAUGCGCAGGUAAUUCAACGGACCUCGGACAUUCGCCCACGUUUUACUAAAACAAAAAUGGCUAGAUAUGAAUCACCGUUCAAAUGCAAACCGUCGAAGUUUUUGCUCUAUCUUGUUGUGACUCUGUGCGUCGCAGUGUCUUGCCACCAAAGACGUCCGAGACUGGUUUCUCGGCCAAGCAAUCCCUUGAUUGGCAAAAGCAAUGGCAAUGCUUCGUUUAACUGGGUGUUUGAGCUGCUACCCACAGAGACAUGGAACGAGAGCAUAUACGAACUGAGCUUCGGGCUCUGGAGCUCUCCAGGAUACCUGAAGAAAAAACUCAUGGCUAUCGACAGACGAGGCCAAGUGCUAGUACGACCGAACUAUGAAAACAAAAUCAGCUGCCACUUUAAUAUGUCUCGUCUGCAAGUGGAAUUCACACUUCGCAGCUUAAGCAAAGAGGAUGCUAAACAUUACGGGCUUCAUGUUGAGUUUGAGUUAGCUCGAGCUCCCUUGACGGAUACUGUCAUUCUUCGUAUAGAGGAUCCACCACAGAAAAUCAUUACCGUGAGGAAUGGUGACGAAAACGGUAAGCGACCACAAAUAGCAGGUAAACUACACUUGACCAGCGGCGGAUCUAGACCUUGA